AGCAAAGGGGCCACGAAGAAGACUAAACAUGGUGGUUCAGGUUGAGUUGAAAUGUUUGGAGAGUUUCCCUUCACUGCUGAAUCCUUUGGAUGUUUUGGUAUUAAAUUCUCAUCUGGAUUCGGUUUUCCACAAUGACACAGACACACCAAUCAUCCUCUUUACUCAGCACCAGCCUCAGGCCUGUAGAAGAACCGGCAUUUUGCUGCGGGUUCACCCGACCACCGAGGAGGAGAUGGCAAGCUGCGAAGGAGGAAUCUAUCCUCAAGCCGACACCGACUCGGUCCAGCGAGUCCGUCUCUUCACUAGCCGCUACUUUUUUCAGCACCACCGGCUUCAGCAGCUCAGAAUCACCGGGACAGUUAGGCCUCUGGAGCCUGUCAACUUAGACCGAGUGGUGCUGGGUGCCCGCAGCCGGCAGACCCUCCACUGGGCCGGAGCGGAGCAGUUCACCACUGGACUGUUGGAGCUUUGUCGUUCGGGGCAACUGCUGCUGGCACGGCAGGGGGACCCGCUGCUGCUGCCCCACCAUCCCUUGUUAGGAACGGACUUGGGACAGGUGCAGCUGCAGCAGCUGGAGCUUCUUGUGUUGGAGUGCAGUCCUGUAACACAGGGGAGGAUAACAGCCAACACGUCUCUGGUUCUAACAGACUGCUGGGAUUCAGUGGACCCCCCAGUGCCCUCCUUGCCCUGCAGACCACCCAGACUGUGCGUCUCAGACUUUGCUCAUUAUGCAGAUGGCCUUGGCGGUGGGGGAUCACUCCUCGACAGCAGGAGGCUGUCAGGUUCGAGGUUCUCUGACAUCCUUCAGGCGCUGGAGGGCAGGUUGGACAUCCGUGUGGUGGACACACAACGAUGGCACGAGAUCAAAGGUCAGCGGGGGGCGGCUGUGGAUGCGGACAGCUGUGUGUUUGUGAGCAAGCAGCUGCUUCUCAGACUGGGGUUGUUCAACCAUGAGUGGAUAAGGGUGUCCAGGCUGGGUGAAUCCUUCAGAGCACACACCGGAGAGACUGAUGUCAAGUUGGGCCUCUGUAGAGAGCGACUGGUCUGCUUGGUGAUGGUGGAUCUAAAUCUGAGUCCAGAACUCCAGAUCCAUGAUGAUGUGGGUUUCAUAUCGGCAACCUUGUGGUUCAACAUGACUGCAGGAGAAAUGAUUCCUGUGAAGAGCUGCACACUUAGGAUGAAGAGGUGGAGGCCAUCACCUCCAGAGCCAGAUUGUCACCUCUCUGAAAGUCUCUGCCGCUCUGCCUCUCCACCCUUCGCCAGCAAGCUUCACAUCCAGCCAGUCGUCUCUCCGUUGUACAACAACCUCAGCUGCUGUGACAACCUGCUGGCCGCACACUUCAGCACACCCAGAGUGGUUUCACAGGGAGACGUCCUGACAGUACCAGCUGAAGGACAUCCAGACCUGCUUGUAAAUAAUUCUGAGGGAAUCCACAGGUGUCCGGUGCUGUUCUUCAGAGUGCAGAAAGUGUGUUCGUCUGCAGAGGGAGAGGAGGAAGGAGAAGGAGGCGCUCAUCUGGCUGACAGAGUGCACACUUCACUCUACAUGGGAGCGUCCACCAACAGCUCUGUCCCCUGCGACUCUGUCGAGGGAACAUCUCUGUGGUGUAGCCUUUCUCCUCCAGGACUCAGCAAGACUGUUGACCUCAUCAGCUGCAUCAUCCUGCCUCACCUGCAGCACAGCAGCUCUCUGUCUGGUUGCACCAUCCUCCUGUACGGUCCUUCAGGCAGCGGAAAGACGACUGUGGUCAGAGCAGCGAGUCGCAGACUGAACCUCCACCUUCUGCAGGUGGACUGUGUGACCAUUUGCGCUGACACCCCUGCAGCCUCUGAAGUGAAGCUGACGUCUGCAUUUCAGCGGGCUGAAGCCCUGCAGCCCUGCAUCCUGCUGCUCAGGAACCUGCCGCUCCUCCUCAGAGCUCGCGGAGCCGCUGAAGACGAUGGCAGAGUCCAAGCAGCGCUGUGCCAGCUGCUCAGCAGCACCCCCACCAGUGUGGUUGUCGUGGCAACAGCCUGCCGAUCUCGCGAUCUCUCUGCCGGUGUCAUGGGGGCGUUUGUCCACCAGGUGGAGAUGGAGAGUCCCACAGAGGAGCAGCGCCACUCCAUGUUGGUCAGCCUGAGCCGAGAACUUCCCCUGGGCAGAGACGUCAACCUGGAGAAACUUUCCAAACUCACCGCAGGGUUCGUGUUGGGCGAUCUGAAUGCACUGCUGGUUGAAGCUGGACGAGCUGCCUGCAGGAGGCUGAUCCACACCUGGCUCAUGACCACAAAGUUCUGUCAUUUCUCCAGUCGGGGUCGGCGGCAGGAAGAUCUGUGCUCCAGUGGAGUGACCAUCCUGAGCCAGGACUUCACCUCUGCCCUGGAGAACCUGCAGGAAGCCCAGUCCAAAGCCAUCGGAGCUCCGAAGAUCCCCAACGUGCGCUGGGAGGAUGUUGGAGGACUGCAGCAUGUCAAGAAAGAGAUCCUGGACACGGUUCAGCUUCCUCUACAGCGUCCUGAGCUCCUGUCCCUGGGCCUGAACCGGACCGGAGUCCUGCUGUAUGGACCCCCUGGGACAGGGAAGACUCUGUUAGCCAAAGCUGUGGCCACCGAGUGCUCCAUGACCUUCCUCAGUGUUAAAGGUCCAGAGCUCAUCAACAUGUACGUGGGUCAGAGUGAAGAGAACAUCCGAGAAGUGUUCCACAGAGCGCGCUCAGCAGCUCCGUGCGUCGUCUUCUUUGACGAGCUGGACUCUUUGGCUCCCAGCAGGGGGCGCAGUGGAGACUCUGGAGGGGUAAUGGACAGGGUCGUGUCUCAGCUGCUGGCCGAACUUGACACGCUACACUCGUCUGCUGGGGUUUUUGUGAUCGGAGCCACAAACCGUCCAGACCUGUUGGACCAAUCACUGCUCAGACCCGGCAGGUUUGAUAAGCUGGUGUAUGUUGGGAUCAGCGAGGAUCGAGUCGCACAGCUGCAGGUUCUCCAGGCCGUCCUCAGAAAGUUCCAGUUGGACCCUGCUGUAGACCUGCAGGAAGUGGUGGAUCGAUGCCCUGCUCGCAUGACCGGCGCUGAUUUGUACGCCCUCUGUUCAGACGCUAUGACAUCUGCCAUCAAGAGAAAGAUCGCUCUCAUUGAUGGUGGUCUGGAUUCAGAGGACUCCCCCGUCCUCCUCUCCGUCGACGAUUUCUCUGCAGCGCUGGAGAACUUCACCCCGUCUGUUUCAGACCAGGAGCUGCUGCGAUACCAAAACAUUCAACAGAAACUGGCUGCAAACUAGAAGCAACAGCCAGCUGGAUGUGUGAAGAAGACAAGGACUCCCAUUAAAGUUUAUUUACAUAAAAGAAUAAAAAAAAUUGUGCUAACAUGUGAGGAAUUGUUGCUGUAAAAUACUGUAAAUCAAACACAUGUAAAUGAUGUUAAAAGAUAAUUUAUAAAAUUGUACAUAUGAUUAAUAACAAAUUCAACAGAUCAGUGAAGUCAUGGGUGAUUUUUUAUUUACUUUUAGUCUCAAUCUUACCUAAUUUGACAUAAUCACACAUACAUUAUCUUCAA